AUGGUCAACGGUACGGCGGCAGUGCUCGAACCCACAUUCACCGGGUACGUGGCCACGACACAAGAUGCACUCAUCCUAUUCGAAGCGUGCUUGACGGGGGUAUUGCACCACGUCCCCCGGCGGCCUCAUGAUCGCGAGCGAAGCCAUUUGGUGCGCAGUGGCAGCGUCUUCAUCUACGAAGAGAAUUCAUCCGGCAUCAAGCGCUGGACCGACGGCGUCACCUGGUCUCCCAGCCGGAUUCUAGGCAACUUUCUGGUCUAUCGGGAAUUGGAGAAACCCUUCCCCCCGGGCGAAAAGAAGCGGGCGAUGAAAAAGGCCAACCGGCGACCGACGCCCGCCACGAGACCCGGUGAACCAUACCCUCGACCCGAGAGCACAGGCACCGGCUACUCCCCCACAUCCCCGCCAGGCUCGUUCAGCGAUAACCGCGCCCCCAAUCAAUCGGAAGUGGAGCGAGCGCUCGUCGGCUCCCUGGUGGAUUCGUAUGGGUUCAAGGAAUCCGGCUUGGUCAAGAAGACCAUGAGCGUCACCGUGAUGGGCAUCACCCACCAUCUGGUCUCCUACUACAGCGUCGAAGAUGUGAUGCGCGGGGUGCUCAACCCGCCCUCAAUGGUCGACUCGCUGCGAUAUAUUCGACCCCGCGUCGAGUUGACGCAGAAACAAAACUUCCGUGCCCCGGUCGAUGAUAUGGAGACCAGCGCGAUGGAGAAUCCGCACGACCCAUCCCAUGCCGCCCUCUACGGCUACCGACCCCAGCCACUCAUGCCCCCGCCCGGCGCCUUUGGCAUGCCUAACCCUUCUUCCGAUUUCUAUAUGCACCCGGGGCCCUACGCUACGGCACACGCCUCGCAUGCUCCUCCUCAUCCUCCCUAUUCGAUGGCCGGGUCGAUCCCCGGACAGUCCGCCCCGAAUCCCUAUCUCCCUUCCCCCGCCGCCAUGGCCGCCAAUCCGAUCGCCAUGGGUUCCAAAAACGACGACUACCAUGCCUUCCGCGCAGGACCCUAUGGCGGCAGCAUGGAUAGUGUCAGCCAUAGCGCGCUGUCAUCCAGCAUUCCCGGCAUGAACACGGGCCUCGCCUCCUCGUAUAGCGAUCGCACGCGCUCCACCUCAGACCACAGUCCGUCUGCGUAUCGCAAUUCAUCCAUCUCUUCUCGCAGUGUCGCGACGGAUGCGACUUCCCCCCUGGAUCCCUCCACACCGGGCACGUAUUCUCGCAGUAGCUUUAGUAUUCCCGGUCAUUUGGACGGCAGCAAUUCCAGCACCCCAAUCGACUCCCGGGGUAUCGGGCCUCUCGAUCCCAACGUGCCUCGACGUGAUUCCAAUCCGGUACAUCCCUCCUACUACACCCCCGAUCGCAGUCAAUACUACGUGCACGCCACAGCUCCCGUCAAUCACCCACAUUAUGCGACCGCCCAACCCCUAGCCUCGUGGGGGACGACGGCUCCCGCCCAGCCUCAGAUCUAA